AGAAAAUUCCUUGCAAAUCCGUACUGCUAACUUGUUUUUCCACUUUGCUGAUAUUUAUAGUUUGGUAACAUGAGAAAAGUUAAUGUGUUUGUGAUUUUCCUUUUAAUAUUUGCAAAUGUAUUUUCGACGAUGGCCUUCUCUAAAUCAGACUGUGUUUUACCACAUGAAACGGGACCCAUCAGAUGUCUGGCUUACAUUCAGGUUUACACCUGGAAUGAUUCUAGCAAGAAGUGUGAACCUGUUAUUUACGGUGGAUGUAACAAAACUGGAAAUAACUUCGCUACUCUAGUAGAGUGUGAGAAAACUGCUAAAGCCGUUUGCUCUUGAAUUAAUAUAAUAUACCACUGUACAAAAGCAAAUAUACACAGUUUGUAAGAAA